UGUAUAUAAGAGGCAAAUCGGCGUCUUCGGGAAGUCAAUUCGGAAGAAAAACCACUCGACCAAGAUGAACCGCCUCGCCAUCCUGCUGAUGGCGCUCCUGCUGGGGGCGUCCCUCGCACUCGCGCAGCCCAACAGAGGGCAGACGACGUCAGGAACGCAGACGAGGCACUUUGGCUUUGGUGGUUUAGGCGGUUUCGGCGGUUUGGGCGGUUACGGCGGUUACGGCGGUUAUGGCGGUUAUGGCGGUUACGGCGGUUAUGGCGGUUAUGGUGGAUAUGGUCAUGGCCAUAGAUAUCCUUAUGGACAUCACUUUGGUUGAUUUUAUCCGGCCAUGAUCGCUUCGGUGGAACUGGGUGCGGAGAUUGUCUAAUUUGUAAUUGUAUUUUCAUAUUCAUUAAAGGUCUUUUGUUUUCUUUUUCGUCAUUUCUGUAACCAGAUCAUUUUCUUUCUCACUCUCUGUGUGUAAGGCCUUUUAUUUUCAUUUUGUCUUAUUAAUUCGAUGUAUGGUUCGCAAUAAAUUUUGUGUGAGCAA